AUGCUCGUCCCGAUGCAAGCCAACGAACAGUCGCGUACUCCUAUCAAGAGUCUGGACUCGCCUGCUGCCAAAAUCCCGACGCCCGGAUCGCCUGCCAUUGGACGACGUGCUGGUCAUGUUCGAUCCACUUCGAUCCUAAGCUCGAGCAGCAGCGUAUCGAUCCCCUCACGGUCUACAUCAGCCAUGAUGAGCCCAGCUCUCGUUCCAGCGCGUCGUUCUUCAAUUGUAGACUCGCCACAAGCAGCUCGAGCCCGGCCAGGCUUGCCACUGUCUCCUUCCGACCUCGCUGACACCAUCGCUUCACUCACUCUGGGCGAUGCCCCAGUCUCUUCAGCAUAUACACUCUCGCUCAAACCCGGCACUCAACCCUUCCAGCUGAGCUCGGAUCCAGAGGACCGCCACACGGAUGUACGAACGCCGCAACCACCAAGUGGCUUUAUCCCCACCCAAUCGCCCGGGCUCGACAAUUCGCCGUCUGGCGCACUCGCAGCACCUUCGACCGAGUCAGGACUCCGUCAGGCUGACCUUGUCGAGAUGGGUGAGGAGAUUGGCGACGCCCACGACGCUAUACAGAUCAUUCAGAGCCACAUCUUCUCGAUCCAGGAGCAGCGACACGGUAUCCGAUCUGUUCACGACGGCGCCAAGAAAGAGACUUCGUCCGACGAUUCAACACUUGGAGGCGUGGAUCUGUCGCUCAUGCAGCUCGACGAACAGCUGGAAGCCCUGUCCCGCACCAUGCAGCAGCUCGAAGUGCGCUUCAGCGAGCUUCGAGACCCUUCUGUAGACUCGGCUCAGAUGGAAGCCGGCGACACUUCCAUCAUCGACAAGGAGAUGGCCGAUUGGCAGGGACGUGCUCGACGGAACAGCAUCACGAGUUUUGACAGCCUCGGCAGCCUCGACGACAUGGCGUUGCCAGGCUUUGCUCCGGCUCUUACGCCGCGCGCCUUGCAAGCGAAGUACGACGCCCUCUGCACCGAGUGGACAUCGAUACAAGAGGAAGUGGAAGCGUUGAAGAAGGAGCUAGCCGACGACAAGUAUCUGGACGUCUUCCGCUCGGUAAGCGUACAGGCCGAAGGCAUGAUGGACAGCCUAGACAAGGCCGUCUCGCUGUGCAACAUCUUUGUCCAGCAGAUCCAGCGUGACCAUUUGGCCGGAAAGCUCCAACGAGCAGCUGCAGUAGAAGAUGAUCUCGAAGACAGCUACGACGUUCAAGCCAAGUACGACGAGCUUGUCGCACUGACAAAGACGUUUGGCGUCAAGAGAUCGUACUAUCUGCCGGCAUGCCAACAGGUAUUUAACAGCCUCGAGAAGGGUUGCAAGGAAAGGCAGACUGCCAACGGCACCGUCCUUCGCCGCCUCUCUGACCUGCGCUCGCGCUGGCGAUCUCUACGCGAUGAGCUUGCCAAGACGGAAAGAGAUCUCAAGAGAAUGGACGCUCUUUUCCGCCGCGUCCGUUCGGACAGCAGCGGCUCAUCUGCGGCUCUUGACCUGCCAAGCCCAGCGGCAUCUGUGGCAAGUCUCCCAUCGCUUCCAACCAAACUGCGAACCAGCGCCUCGAUGCAGUCUGGACUCGGUCUCGGCACGCCCACUCGUUCAUCCGCCGGUUCGUAUCGCACAACGCCUCCUUCGUCGUCAUCGUCGUCGUCGCGCGUAGCGAGUGGGCCAAGCCGCUUGUCGAGCACCUCCUCGAUGACCUCGCAUUUGUCCAACACACCACCUGCAGCCACUACACCGCAACGAUCCAGACGCAUCUCGGGAACUGCAGAGUCGCUUGGCAUGCAGCACAAAUCCGUCUCGACGCCAUCUAGAGCGGCUGUGACAAGGCAGCUGGAAGUUCCACGUUCGAGACCAGGCGCUGCCAGCAGACUUCUCAGCGAUUCGUUGUCUCCUUCCGCAGCGGACAGCCCGAUUCGCAACCGUGCUACGUCGAUGGCCAAUGCGGCCACGGGAGCUGUAGAAAAGGGUGUCCUGGGCAGAUCGCCGGCGGGAAGGCCCAUGUCGAUUGUGGGCAGUCGCGGCGGCGCUGGCAAUCGCGAUGUGUCGGGUACGCCGGUUCGCGCGCCUCCGUCAAGCUUCAAGCCGUCGUGGCACGACCUUGAAACGCCUGGGGCCAACCGAACUCGAACUGCGCAGCCGCAGUCGAUGCCGCGAUCGCAGUCACAAGUCGUAUGGCCAUCCAAGGGUUCUUCAUCCGCAGCUGGGCAGGAUCCGGACGGCUCGAUCGAGUACCUCAAGUUCAGUGCGGACUCUUCGCCGGCUCGACCGUCGUCCUCUGCGGGCCAAUUCUACCGUCCUCCUUCGGCGCAGGGCAGCGUGGGGGACGCCAAGUCGCGCAAGCGAGACUCGCUGAUCCCGCGUCUCUCUGUGCAUAGUUCAGACGUCAGUAAGACGCCAAGUCGGCCAGGCUCGGCGCUGUCGCAAGCGUCAUCAUCUACGCCGAUGCGCUACAUGGGUGCGUCGAGGUUGAACUUGCAGACGCCGGAGCCUGCAAUUGUGGCAAGGGCACAAAGACUCAGCAUGUACGCGCGUGCACCGUCGACAGGUAUGGCGGGCGGCACUGCCAACACGCCAAGCAAGCGCGCGAGCAAGCCGCCGCCCACACGACGAAGCGCGGCGCUGGUGUCGGGUCGUGCUACGCCCCUGUCCGCAGCCGCGCUGGCCUCGUUGCCGUCAGCUGAUCCAAACUCGUCCCUGAGAAGGUCUAGCGUUGUCAAUAUGCGAUCGCUCACCAACGGUCGAACCACCCCUACGUUCAGCGAUAACGGAUCGGUGGGUGGCAUGUCAACGGGCACGUGGUACGGCCCUGGCCGAGGCGCUCGGGGUGUCUCGGGUGCAGGAUCGAGGAUCGGCUCUGGCUCAGUGGCGGGUAGUAACUACGGCGCAACCGGGCCCAUCGAGCAGUACCGCGCCAACCCGAACGAUACGCUGGACGUCGAGGUGGCCGCGAUCUGCAACGGACUUGGCGUGGCUCUGGAGCGCAUCGACGCGCCGCUGCCUCGUGGCGUGAGGCUGGAGGAAGGACCGGGAAAAGACAACAGAGCGCAGUACGAGAUCGGUGGACGGGCGAUGAUGUGCCGCCUGCUCGAGCUGCAUCGGCCAGCCGGAGGCGCUGGUGCAAGAGCCGGGACGAAGGCCAAGAAGAUCUUGGUCAGGGUCGGCGGAGGAUGGCAAGACUUGGAACAAUGGCUUCUGGCUCGGCUCAGCUCGGUCUAG